AUGUCGUGCUUUGUUGUGAAUGAAGCUCUGAAUGAGAUCUACGCGGAGGAGGAUCUACAAGAUGUAAUAAGGACUGCAUGGAAGGAUAGGGAGAAGUUACAGAGCCAGAGAAUGAAGCAUUCUACUCCUGUUAGCAGUCCAGAGGAUCCAAGUACUUGCACAAGAACCUCAAGUACCAAUGCGUUAAUAAGUCCAGACACAGGGGCUUCUAUAUUUGUCGUGUAUGAAAAAAAUCCGCUUUACGAAGGACUAAAUAAAGGCAAAUCCCCACCUGGUAAACAAAAUAGGUUGGAUCAUUUGAGGGAUCAUUUAAGGGAAAGUAUUAAAUCUUUUACGACAAUCCCAGGUUCACGAACCCAAAGAGAUAAAAGAAUCUUUUGGAUCCCUCAAAAUCACAUUGUCACUGAGAAUUCCAUGGAAAGUGAAAACUGCAAGGAUAUAUCCAAUACUGCAUCUUCCACCGUCACGACUGAAAUGGAUAAUUUUGUACAAUUUAAUCAAGAUAGAAUAGGAGGAAAUAAGCUUAAUCAAAACCUUGAUGGUUAUUAUGAAUUCAACUAUGGAAUUCGGGAGGCUGUAGCUUUAGGAAGAACUUCCUCAACUCCUCCUCCUUUGUGUUCGCUAUGUCAAUAUAAGGCUCCAGCAUUUGGAAAGCCCCCGAGACAAUUUCAUUAUAGAGAGCUAGAGGAAGCUACAGAUGGUUUUUCAGAUAAAAAUUUUCUUGCUGAAGGUGGGUUUGGUUUGGUUCACAGAGGGGUUUUGAGGAAUGGGUUGAUCGUUGCAGUGAAGCAAUUAAAGUUAGCUGGGUCUCAAAGAGAAGAUGAUUUCUGCACACAAGUGCGAGUAUUGAGCUGUGCCCAGCACAGAAAUGUUGUGUUGCUCCUAGGUUUUUGCAUUGAAGGGCAGAUGAGAUUACUGGUGUAUGAGUACAUAUGCAAUGGCUCCUUGGACUUUCAUUUACAUGGAGAGAAAAGAAUGACACUGGAUUGGAAAUCACGUUUAAAGAUAGCUAUCGGGACUGCAAGAGGCUUACGAUAUCUUCAUGAAGAUUGCAGAGUGGGAUGUAUGAUUCACCAAGAUAUGCGUCCGAACAACAUCCUCUUGACGCAUGAUUUCGAACCUCUGGUUGCUGAUUUUGGACUUGCGAGGCUGCAAUGUGAGUGGGACUUUUGCAACAGUGAUCAAAGUGUUAAAACUUCAGGGUAUCUUGCACCGGAAUACUUCAGUGGUGGAAAUAUGACAGAGAAAGUCGACGUAUAUGCUUUUGGUUUGGUAUUAUUAGAGCUAAUCACUGGUGAGAGAGCUAGUGACUUGCUGUAUUGCAUCGACCGUCAACUUUUGGCAAAUAAUUUCCAGCCUUCAGCUGCCAUUGAGCCAAUUCAACCAAUUCACAUGUUGGCUUACAAGCAUCAAUUGCUGGACUCCUGCUUGGCCUCUUUCCAAAUACAAAGCUUGCCCUAUGAGAUUCAAGCAAUGGGUUAUGCUGCCUCAUUGUGUCUACGGCAGAAUCCCGAUUUGAGACCACCCAUGUCAAAGGUACUGAGAAUACUAGAAGGAGGAAGUUCAGUUAGUGCUCUUGCUUUGGACUUGAAUUCAGUUGGUAGUAGAAGUGGUCACAUGGAGGGACUGAAUUCGAAAAGACAACUUGAAUUCAAUAUGAGGCACUCCCGCAGGUUGUCUUAUUGA